AGGUGGCAGGUUGCGAUGCUGCUCCCACGGGUUUCUGCCCCAGUCUCAGUUGGCAGCGGCUGCAGGUCGGUCUAUUCUCGGACGUCAGACAGAGCAUCACAAGGAACAGAAACCACUGGAGCAGCCAGACUCUGGAUGACAAUGUGCUGAUGCCAAAGCUAACGGAUGAGGAGGGCUGGAAGAGGUUCUGUUUAGGGGAGGUUGUCUAUCUGGGAACGUCAUCCUGUGACACAGCUGCAGAACCAGAGCCGGCACUGGACUACAGCAAGGUAGGCUUCCCUCCCUUCCUGAGCAUCGUUAGCAGACUCAAUCAGUCCACAGUGUUGAUGGUGUUAGAAACUCUUAUCAGUUGGUUUGAGGAGCGAGCGUUUGCUCCACAGUUGGGUCGCUGGUUGUAUGGUUUAUUGGCCUGCCUGGAGAAGCCUUUACUGCCUGAAGCCCACUCCUGCAUCAGACAACUGGCCAGGAGAUGUGCUCAGCUCCGCAGCACGCUGGAGAGUCAGGACGAUGAGGAACUACCUGCCCUCAACCUGCUCAUCUGUCUUGUUGCCAGGUAUUUUGAGCAGAAUGACCUGGCAGAUCAGCCGCAGUGAACGCACGGUCAAACUCUUUGAUAUCAACAGGACAAUAAGAAGAAUGAGAUGUGAGCUAACUGAUGCAGCAGAUUCUACAGUCGAGCCACAAGGUCCGACAUUGGAACGGAUCAGGAUCCACCCCCCAAAAAACCAAUGGAUGGAAACAAACACAUCCACAUGAAUAGUUGAAUGAAACCGAUGGUUCCCAGUAACGAACACAAAUAUGAUUUGUUGUUGAAUUGUGCUAUUGACUGUUUACUUGAACUGACUUCUGCUGGUACAACUUAAGCAGCAAGAACACGUUUGUUUUAAUCAGGAAAAGUCACUUUCUUUCUUAGUGAAUUCAUCCCUGAUGUUUUUAAGGUUUUGGUUUAAAGGUUCCAAUUAAAUGUAAGAUUUUUCUAUUAAACUGAUGACUUGUGUAA